UGGGGAGCGUGGGGCAGCGACGGUGGGGAUGCGCGCACACUAGUUUACUAUUCAGCUUCCGCAAGUUUUGGCUUGUGUCAACGUGACGCGCGAUCGACUCUCACCCAGUGCAUUUUAUUUGCAGUCUUGAUGGCAACCAGGUCAUUUUUAGGCAUCUCACACUUUGAAUAGGCAAAUAGGCCCGCAGAAACGCCACCCACGCUCGCGAUUUUCAGUUCGUCAGGUGAGAAGCAACCCUGGGACCUCGGUAUGAGAGAGAUGCCACUCAUCCACGGUGGAGUGCAUCCGCACACUCUCUCGCUCAAUCAACACAGACUGCACUACUUGUCUCAUAUCUUCUUUCCUGGCCAUCCACAUCACACCCUCAACACUCCCCGCUCGCCUCAUUCAGCAUGACGACAAACCUCGCAGCCGUCGCCGGGCCCAGCAGACAGCGACCCAAAUCUGAACAAACUUCCCCCACUGCGUCCGGAGCAAACUCUCCCCCCGACGAGUUGCGUUCCACCGUGUCCGUCUCCAAACCUGGUCUCAGCGUCGGCGAGAAUGGUGAGGUCAUAAAGGUCCCCGCCUUCCUCAACAAGCUCUUCAGCAUGGUAUCAGAGCCCGAGACGGACAACUUGAUAUACUGGGCCAAGUCCGGCGACUCCUUCUUUGUUCCCAAUCAUGAGCGCCUCGCGGAGGAGUUGCUUCCACGCUUCUUCAAGCACCGCAACUUUUCUUCCUUUGUGCGCCAGCUCAACAUGUACGGGUUUCACAAGGUGCCGCACUUGCAAUCAGGCGUGCUCAAGAACGAGUCGCCGACGGAACUGUGGGAGUUCGUCAACCCCUUCUUCAAACGGGAUCAGCCGCAGCUGCUUUCUCGAGUUAUGCGCAAGAACAACCGCCCGGCAGUAGCGGCACCGUCUCAGGGAUCGACCGGUACUCGGUCAUCGGCUCGGCAAGCAGCAGCGAAUGCCCAGAUAGGCACUGGCUACCCCGGCGUGCACCUGCUCACGGAUGGCACGACUGAGGGCGAAGCCGGGCCGCUCAUAGGUCCGCAUGCGCAGCUGGCGGAUCUGCAUGCGAUUCAAAGUGGCAUUCAGGCGAUUCGGCAGACACAGGCCGCCAUUGGUGCAGACCUCAAGGCGCUGCAGGCUUCCAACGAGCACUUGUGGCGUGAGGCCCUCGAGUCGCGCGAACGCCAGCAGAAGCAUGAGGAGACGAUAGACCUCAUCGUGUCGUUUCUUGAGAGGCUGUUCGGCACGGAGGGGGAAGGUCUCAAGGGUCUCAAGGAAGCUAUGAGACGUGGGGGCGUCGGCACACACCGAAACGCGCGCGCGCGUGAGGACAGCGGAUCAGAGGACUCAGCCGCCGCCAAGCGCCGCCGUCUCAUGAUUGAGGACGGGCGCGCGUCUGGCCUCGGUGGUAGCGAUAGCAAGAAGGAUGACUCCCCGCACCCACGUCUCGUUGAGAUUCAAGAGCCCAUAGUGGAGACGGCUAGUAAUUCGGGUCGGUCAUCUACUGAACCCUGGCAGUCAUCUGAGCCUCGUUUCACCGCCUUGCCUACGGACGAGGACGGCGUCUCACCGCACACGGCGACGCAAUCUCGCUCGAACUCGAUCAGUAAGAUCGACUCGCUGUACGACACGGAUGCUCGGACGAACGGGGGACCUUCCGGAACGCAGUCCAGCACUGGGAACGCUGGGAACUCCAACGUGGGGCAUCACAACCCGCUUGGACAUCAGUCGAGCCAGCUUGCGCCAUACUCUGCCGGUCAUGUCCUUGAGGGUGCUGACCCGUCGGGCCUCAACCUGGACCCCAAUCUCCUGCAGACGACUAUCGGCUCUCUGCUGCAAUCGCCCGCUGCUGCCCAAAUGUUCCUCAAUACCCUCAACGCGAGCGUGCAGGGCCAAAGCCUCUCCACGCCGUCUAAGGUUCCCCCCUCUCCGCCCGUCGCUGGACCUAAUGUCAAUGACCCGACGCUCGCGCUCUUCUCGCCCCUUCCCCCUGAGCUCGUCAACAACAACAACCAUCUUCUUGGCGCGUACCACAAAGCCGCAGGGGUCGGCGGUGACGUCGAGAAGCUGCAGGACAGUUUCGACAGCCUGGUGCGCAGCAUGGGCCUCGACCUGCCCAAUGGCGGCGCGCAUGGCUCCGGUAACAACACUGGGUAUCAUCAGGAUACGUCGCUGCCGUCCGAGGGCACCUUUGAUGACGGCGAUUUCAACGUCGAUGAGCUGCUCGACCAGCUGACCAACAACAACACCCAGGAGCGCGAGGACAUUUGAUGCGCUGCGAAGUGCAUAUCUCACUCUAAGAUACCCAGAGAGAACCCUUGUACAUGUAGCGUUGUGAUGUACUGCUAGGUGGCCGGUGA